AUCAACAUUUUGUCGAAUCAAAAACAAAGAUGUUUAGAAAGAAAAAAAGGAUCUACUUGUUGCCAAGCAUUGAUUGAAGAUGAAUGAUCAAUCCUUCUUCACGUGGAGUAAAAUUCCCUCGCUUGAUUCCCGGUCUGAGAACGAACGGUCCUGGUGUCGCUAUAUAUAUUGCUUCUCCAAGAACCCUAGGACUCCGCGUUGCUGCCACUGCACACUCCUCGCUUGCUUUCGUCGCAUCCCCCUUUAGUUUUCAUGGCGCCCGUCAAGAAGACGAAGAAGAACGCUGAGAGCAUUAACAGUAGAUUGGCUCUCGUUAUGAAGAGCGGCAAGUACACUCUCGGAUACAAGACGGUUCUCAAAUCUCUCCGCGGCUCUAAAGGGAAAUUGAUCAUAAUUGCUAAUAACUGCCCUCCACUGCGCAAGUCAGAAAUUGAGUACUAUGCAAUGUUGGCAAAGGUUGGGGUUCACCAUUUUAAUGGGAAUAACGUUGAUCUUGGAACAGCAUGUGGCAAAUAUUUCCGUGUGUGCUGCCUCAGCAUUAUUGAUCCUGGUGAUUCGGACAUCAUCAAGAGCAUCCCUGGCGAGCAAUGAGAGAGGAAAAAGUUGAUGAAAUUGUCAUUCCUCACGAGGAUUUUAUACCUUUGCUCAUCUGUAUCCCAUCCCCUUGCCCUUCUUUGCAUUUAUGAUCUAGUUUUGAUUCUGAAGCAUCACAAGAUAUUACAGUUGUUUCCUUAUGAUUUGCGUUUGUCAAUCAUUCGCCUUACUAGAUUUAAGCAUCUGACCUAACUCAUCUUAGGGUUAUUUCUCUGCUUUUCAAUGCGAUAAUAUGAGAAUAUAUGCUAAUGAACUGGUUUGUCAUUUGUGUUAGACGUGGGCUUUAUUAAUUAAAUGCUACAUUGGUAGAACAUAGAAGAGGAUAGCAAUUCUAACACUGCGUAUGGAUCAUGCAGCCCUAACACAAAUUAUUGGCUGUUAUUUUAUAUAUAUUAAUUUUAACUUUCCCUUUAUAUCCAUUCCCCUUGUUUCGUUAACUUACUUUUGAGUCUAUUUGAUUAUCUGCAAGGCCUAAAACUAGUGGAGUAUCCAUUCAAGAAGACAAAUGACAUGUGGAAGCCUCUAAGACUGCACAUGAUAGAAAAUGCUUAGAUCUAAUUAGUUGGACUAAUGUAAUUUUUUUAAAUUAAUUUGAGCUUUGCAUGAUUAAUCCUAGAGGUUUGACGAUUUUCCUCUCUCAAGACUUCAUAUUCAUUUUAUUUGAGAUUUGAACUUUCAAUUUUUUAUCAUUUCUCUUAUUGUUCUCUUGAACAGUAUAAGAUCUUGAAACAGGCUCCAUGACAUUGCAUUGAAGUACUGAUUUAUAGAUGGUGAAAAAAAUCACUGUGCUAACAUUACAGACCUUCCAUUUCAGCUACGAAUGGUUCAUAAAACAUCAUCAAAUCUACACUAACCUUCCAAGACAACCAAAAAGAUGGAAAAAUUAUUGAAGAGAAUAACUCACUACAAAAUUAUUGAAGACGAGAGUAUUAGUUCUUCUCCUUGUUGUGGCUUGGAUUUGACUUGCUGGGUGGCAACUUCCUCAGGCUUGCACUGACUUCCACCACCGGAUCCUUGAGCACUCCAUGAACCCCUCCCAAGCUCACAGUGGCUCCUCGUUUCACAGUCUGCACCAGCUUCCUCGCCCUAAUUCUGGUCUCCAAUUCCCUUGGAGAUGGUGAAGGGAUCCCUAGGAAGAAAUGGAGCAGCAGAAGCAGAGCACAGAGAAGGGUGACAGAUUUGGUUAUCAUGAUGGAGUAGUCGAAAUGGCAUGGCACGGUGAGUACUGCGUGAUAGUUAGUUUAUAUAAGCUUUCAUAGUGUAGAAAGACAUGGCAUGUGAAGAGAGGAUUAAGGCAAUUAAUAUGGGGAGUAAAAGUGAAUUAUGAAUUACAAUUCAUGCUAAGUUGAAGCUUCUUUAGCUACUACAAGGUUA